GAUUUUCAGGAAGUGACAUAAUUUUCUUUGGAGGGAACUCGAAGGGUAAAGUUGAAUAAGCGUAAACUUUUUAAUGUUUGAUCAAAAACAAAAUUCAAAAACAUAUUUGAUAUAGUUAUAAAAGUUCUGUUUUAUGUAUAGGCGGUUAGCUAAAUAAAUCUGGAUCACUCACAGAGCUAAAGCUAAUUUAGCACAACAUUUUCCCCCCUGACGUAUAUAAACCAUUCCACCCAUAAUAAUUAUUAUUUGAGCACCUGAGAUUGGCCAAUAUGUGUUCCAGAGUUAAAAAUGGCACUACUCCUAUGCAGAAAAAAAAUCUUCUCCAUAACAGUAAUGACCCUUUAAUAAAAUGUGUUCCUAAAACGUUGUCCAAAAAAAAAAAAAAAAAAAAAAAAGAGUAAAUCCUCUCUGUGGAAACACUCCUCAAUUUGUCCUCACUGUCUUGAUGAUCAUUAACCCAUUGGAAUCCAGUUGCUUGUUCUCAUGGCGUCUUGCCAUGGCAACACCCAAGCCAGCAUUCUGUUUCUAUGGCAACGGCCCGGAAGCGCCUGGUCACCUUGGCAACGUCGACCUGGGAUUAGAGCGGUGCUUGUUGCCUGCAGUCCUUCCUAAAGUUUCCUGGCUAAAAAGUUGUGUCAGUGAUUUCUUUUCAACUUUCUUUGCUUAUCUGUGAGCAGGUACCAGCUCUGUGCCACCUUUACGUAUUUAUUGUGACAUUAUUUUAACGUGAAGUUAAGUUUGUGCUUUGUUUGCGUCAACAUUUGACUUCUCUCUACCUUAAACUUUAUUAGCGCUAAGCUAACGUUAAUGUUCGUCGAAUGAAACCAUUAAUGUUAUUAGCUAACGUGUCAUUGUUGAGGCUGGGCCAGUUUUGACAUGAGUUCUCAACGGGAGCAAGGUGCACACUCACCCAGACUGGAGGCUGUGAUUCAGAAGUUGGAGGAGUCUCUGCUUCACUCUGAUGGCAGCUCAGGAGAGAGGACGCUGACACUUCCCGGUGAUGGACAGGAGUCCGGUGUCAUGCCUACACCUGUCCGCACCCGCAUCCGGCAGAUCAUCACCAGUAACCUUGCAGAGCAGCCAGCUGGUGAGAGCUCUGAGGUCAGUGAGCUGGAGGAGAGCAGGGCCCUGAGGGAGCAGCUUUCUCCAAGCCAGAUGGACCGUAACCAGCCGCGAGUCAAACAGGCCAGUCUCACAGACAGGCUCGAUCAGAUGCUGAUGCUGCCGUCACCAGUGGACUCAGACCAGGACAGUGUAUCACCAGGAUCCCUGAACAAGGAGAGAGCUUACAGGCAAAGACUGCAGGCGUUUCAGGAGGCCCAGCAGAGACAAGCCCAACUUGUCCAGAAGCUUCAGACCAAGGUUCUUCAGUACAAGAAGAGGUGUGGGGAGCUAGAACAGCAGGUGCUGGAGAAGACCUCGGACUCUGAGAAGAUGAGAUUGUUGCUGCAGGCUCACCUGGACUCAGCCCAGCGUCAGCAGCAAAAAGAGCAGGAUCUCAGCAUGGCUAUCCAGAAAAAGUCUGCUCAGCUGGAGGAGGAGCAGAAGAGGUGUGCAAGCCUCAGCCAAGUCAACUCUCUGCUGCGGGAACAACUGGAGCAGGCAGGCACUGUCAACCAGGGGCUAACGGAGAGCUUGUGGAAAGCUCGCGAAGACGUUGACUUGUGUGAUACCCGUCUGCGGAGAGAGCAAGAGACAUGCGCCUCCCGGCUGAGUCGUGAACAGGCUCGUGUCAGAGCUCUGUGGCGCCAGGCUGCUUCCCUGCGGAGUACUUUCACCCAGCUAAGGACUUUGACUGACAGGACACUGUCUGAUAUGCGCGGGCAGUGUGUCGCUGCCAGCCAGCAGCUGCAUGUUGCCUGCAUGAACUUAGAGGCCAGAGUAACACAGGAGAGCACCUCUAGUGGUGUGGGGAUGUCAGCACUGGAGAGACAGCUGAAGGACAAGCUCAAAGAGGCCAUGCAGCUUCAGGGUCGCUGGGAUGCAGAGAAAAUCGAGCUUAACUCCAGGAUCCUGGAGCUGACUGACACGGUGAAGCACCUCCGCAGCCAGAACAGUGGGAAGGAUUCCAGCCUCAACACCAUGCAGAUCAGUCUGGACAGGAUGGAGACGAGGAGAACAGAGGAUAAAGCAGAGAUGGAGGUCCUCCACACAGAGAUCCAAGCCCUGCAGAAGGUUUUAUGUCACGUUCACCAGUUGGUUGGUGGCGACGGUGAUGGCAGUGGCUCUGAAAGUUUGUCGUCUUCACCCCUUCAUGGCCGGUCUCCUCUGAGGAACACGACGCUGAUAGCUGUGCAGAGUGCUCUCUCCAAGUAUCAUAAACAAACACAGGACCUGCGUGGGCGUCUGGAUGCCGCCCUGGAGCAGGUGGAAACACUGCGUGAUCACCUGCAGCAGAGAGACACUGAGAGGAGAGAGAUGGAGCAGAAGAUCCAGGAAGUGAGGGGGGAAAGUCAGGAGGCUAAAAAGGCUCUGGAGGAAAGCCUCAGAGACAGCAACAGAUACCGCUGCUCACUGGAGCUCAGCUCAAGUGAGAAGAGCAGCCUGGAGAAGCUGCUGUCAGGGCUGCAGCAGGAGGUGGACUCCCAGCGUGCCGAGCUGGAGGUACUGCGAGGCUCAUCACUGGAGCUCCAGAGACAGCGGGACCUCCUGAGGCAGCAGAGAGAGGAUCUGGGGAUGCAGCUGGCACGCCAGCGCACAGAGGCCCAAAGAGGCGAGAGGAGUCUGGAGGAGCUUGAAGGGAAGCACUCAGAUCUGCGCAGGGAGCUUGUGACAGUGAAGGAGGCUCUGAGUCAAGUCACCCUGCAGAAGGAGGUGUUGGAGGAUGAUAAGGCCAGCCUCGCUCUGGCGCUCAGCAAGAUGGAGUCUCAGAGUGCUGCUCAUGAGUUAGCCCUCACCAAACUGCAGAAUCAGGAGGCUGCCCUUAAAGAUUCUCUUGCCAAGAUGGCUGCCCUGAGCGAAGGCUUAGCUAAAGACAAGGUGGAACUCAAUCGUAUACUGCUCCAGACAGAAGGUGAGAAGACGGAGCUCGGUGAACGUAGACGGGAAGCUGAAAUGGAGCGGGCAGCAGCCAGGGAGGAGACGGCACGGGUGCAACAGGACAUGAUGAAUCUGCUCGCUGACAAACAGGCCCUGGAGAGCUCCCACAGCCACUUACAGGAUCUUUGCCAGAAGCUGGAAGCAGAGCUGAGCCUGCUGCAGACGGAGAACGCUCAGGCCCUGGAGCAGCACUCCCAGGUCAACAGGCAGAUGCAGACUGUGUCAGAGGAGCUGUGUGCGUGCAAGAAGGAGCUGGAGACGCAGACCACAGCCCUAAAGAGAGCUACCCAUGACAGGGAGGAGCUGGCCAAGGACAGGGCUGCUCUGGAUGUCAGGCUAAACUCCGCUGACCGAAAGGCCUGUGGUCUCACGCAGGAGCUGGUUGCACUUAGAGCAGAGAAGGAGUCCCUGGAGACAGCUCUGUAUGAGAGCCAGGAGCUUGCCUCGUCUCUGGAGGCCGAGCGCACCAGGACGGAGGGGGAGAGGCGCAGCUUGCUCCUGGCUAACGAGGCCUUGACGCGUGAUGCUGCUCGGAUGCGUGUGGAUGCUGAACGCCAGCUUGCGCAAGCUGCACAAGAGCGGAGUAAGCUGGAGGAGAAGCUGGCCCAGGUGGAGAGGAAUGCCCUGCUGACCCUGAACAACAAAGAGCAGGUUCACAGAGAGCAGCUUGAAGCUGAACGCCGACAAAAGGAGCAACAGUGUGCGGAGCUGACAGUUCAGCGGGAGCAGGCGGAGGAGCAGCUGCGGAGACAGUGUGAGGAACAGCGUGCGCACAGCCACAAGGAGCUGCAGCAGGUGCACGAGGAGCAGGCCAGGCUGCAGCAGGACUUCAACCAAAGCCUCCUGCAGGCUGAGAGUGAAAAGCAGCAGGCUUUGUCCCAGAAGGAGGCAGAGAAGGCUGCCCUCAUGGAGAAGCUAGCAGCCCUGCAGCAGGACCUGACCACAGCAAGCAUGGAGCUAGAAUGCAUGCAGAGGGAGGUGAUUCACAAACAGGAGCAGGAGAAGAAUGCAACGGCUAUCCUUCAGUCUGAGCUGCAAGACCUGCGGGCUCAAUUUGAGGAGUCUUUGAACUCCCAUGAGAACACCAAGAAGAGUCUAACUGAGCAAGCCAGAGAGUUAAACCAACAGAAAGACGAAGCACAACAGGAGUUAGAGGGCCUUCGUCGGCAGCUGCAGGAGGCAGAGGAUGGACUUAUUAAAGGGCAAAGGGAGCUAAUUGAGGCCCACAGACAGCUCCAGGAGUGUGCACAGGAGCGAGACGAGCAACGAAAAGAAGCUCUGGACCUGAGGAGGCUCCUGGGUGAUGAGACCAGAGAGAAAGAGGCGAUCCAAGCCUCUAACCAGGAGCUAAGAGGUUUUAUCAAGAGAGCAGAGAGUGACAACAGCAGCUUGAGACGAGCCGUGGAGGAGAGGGAGCAGAAGGCAGCCGUCUUAGAGGAAUGCAGGAGCUCAAUGCACCAAGAGGCAACCGCUCUACGGAGCAGUAUGCGAGAGCUGGAGAAGUCUCGCCUGCAGGCACGCAGAGAUCUGCAGGAGCUGCGCAGACAGGUAAAGGUCCUCGAAGGCGAGAACAGCCGCCAGAAACAGGAGCUGCGUGAGCUGCAGGCCCGGGUGUGUCAGGAGGAGCAGAAGGAGGAGGAGGCACGUCGUGAGGCUUUCACUCUUAAGCAGAGAGUGCUGGAGUGCGAGGCUGGCAGAGACGCAGCGCUGAAUGAGGUUUCAGGUCUGCAGCGCCGUGUGAUGGAACUGGAGACAUCGGAGCAUCAGACCCGAAAGAUGCUGCAGGACAGAGAGGCUCAUCAGCAGCAGUGUGACCAGAGGCACAGAGAAACCACCGCCCAGUUGGAGAUCGCACUAGAAGACGCUGGGAUCAAGGUCAAGGAACUCUCCGUGCAAGUCGGUCUCGCUGAAAGCAAGGUCCAGGCCCUGGAAGAACAGCUGGGCCUGGGUGAUACCAAACGCAGAGACCUGGAGCUCAAGUUGGCAGGGUUGUGUUCAGCUGUGCACCGCACUGUUGGUACCAACCAUGCAAGGCUUUCAGGCACACUGGGGUCCCGGAGACGGUCUCCCUCUCCCUGGAGAAACCACCUCCAAAUGAGAGGGGGAGACAAUGACACAGACGGAUCUGUAUUGUUCUUGUCUCGUGGUGAAGAUGAUGAGCCUGACGUGGACUCAGUGCAUACCGUCCUGCGGGAAUUCCAGCAGGAACUCAGGGAUACACAACGAGACAGGGAUGAAGCCAAGGCUCAGACAGUCAGUCUAAGUCAGCAGGUUACAGAGCUCCAAGGCAGCCAGGAUAAGUCAGCCACCCAUCUGCUACAACUACAGAAGUCCUUGAAGCAGUCAGAGCAGGGGAAAAGAGAGAUGGCAGAUCGACUGCAUGAGGUGCGUACAUCCCUUUCCCUGCAGGAAGAAGUAGUGCGUCGUGCAGAGAGGUAGAAGAGAAACCUUGAAGAGGAGGUAGCCCAAUGCAGGACUAGUCUGCAAGCUGCUGAGGCUGAAUCCAGGGCUCUGCAAGACAAUUUGGAGCUUUUGCAGGACUCAGAGUCGCGUGCAAAUGUAGAACAACAGAAGCUGAAGGAGUCUCUACAGGCAGCAGAAAGCAGGGUGAGCCACCUGGAGCUCUCCCAACGCACCCUCGAAGGUGAGCUACAGAGGGCCCAGCUCAGGGCAGCAGAGCUGGACGCAGAGGCAGGGGCAUUGCAGGAAAGACUGACGGAGCUGCGGAGGAAGCUGAGUGAGAGCGAGGACCGGUGUGCAGCGCUGAGGGUCAGUGAGGAGAGGCUGGCCACGUCACUGGCUCGAGCUGAGCAGCAUGAGAGCCAGCUGAGAGAACAGAUCCACAAAUUGUCCAACACCCUCAGUGACAACAGGACCAGCAGUGGAGCUCUGCAGGAGCAGAUCACACAGCUGCAGAGGGCUCUGACUGCCAGUGAGCAGGACCGAAGGCUGCUGCAGGAACGUCUGGAUAAAACACGAGAUGCCCUCUCAGAGAAGAAGAGGCUGAACCACACACUAACAGAACAGACCCAGAACAUUCAAAGAGCCCAGGAGGACUUAGAGCUUAAAUAUUGUGAGCUAGAGAAACAUAACAGAUCACUGAAGGAGAGCCUGAAACAGCAGCAGGAAGCUGGACUGCAAGCACAGGGGAGCUCUCAGCAGCUGCAACGAGAGAAGGAGGAACUCCAGGACAAAGUCACUGAUCUUCAGAGCUCUUUGCAAAAGCUACAGAGCGAGAGAGCAGAGAUGGAGAGGGUGCUGACACGUCUUGGUAAAGACAAGUCAGCACUCAGGAAGACACUGGAGAGGGUGGAGAUGGAGAGGCUCAGGGGGGAGGAGGAGGCAACGUCGGCAGCCAGAGAGAAGGAGCAGUUGGGACAGACAGUCCACAGCCUGGAGCAGGAGCUGGCCGAAAAGCAGGGUGAGCUGCAGACUGUGCAGGCCCAAAUCUCCCAGUUGGAGCACUCUCAUGCACAGCGCCUCCUGGAGGUGACAGCCCGCCAUCACCAGGAGUUGGAUUUGGAGACGGAUCGUCUGAGAGACAGCCAGCUCCAAGCAGAGCGGGCCCUGGAGAGCAGGGAGAAGGCUCAUCGCCAGAGGGUCAGAUGCCUGGAGGAACAGGUGUUGACUCUAAAAGAGCAGCUGGACCAGGAGACAAGAAGACGACAGGUCUAUUUCAAUCAGAUGCUACAGCCUGGUGUGUAA